AUGGCUGCACCCGUGAAGAGCAUCACGAUCGCACGUACUGUUGCCACACUGCCUCCUCGCAUGGCACCCAUGGUACCCGCUGCGGCUGCUCAGCAGACCCAGAACGAGGACAAGGACACACCCAUUGUUCAGGAGGCCGGCAUGGGUCCCGUCGAUGCCACGCCCUCUCGGGACCAGUUCUGGCGCAAGAUUCCCGUCUGGAAGGACGUGUCUACGGACGAGUUCCUCUCGUACAAGUGGGGAAUCAAGAACACGGUCCAGGGUGAGCUCAAGCUCGCUCGCUUCCUCGAGCAGGUGCUCCCCGACGAGAUCCCCAUGACCGACGUGGCCAAUGGCGACUCUGGCAAGCUCGUUCAGACCCGCGACGCGCUCGUCACGGACGUCGUCGACGGCAUCAAGACCGCGACCAUGUCGACGCGCAUGACGCCUUACAUUCUCAGCCGCAUCAACUGGGCCGAUCCGCGCAAUGACCCCGUGUUCCGUCAGUUCAUUCCCGUCAAAUCCCACAUGCUGCCUGACCACCCCAAGCUGGCGCUGGACUCGCUGCACGAGCAUGCCGACUCGCCCGUGAGCGGCCUCGUUCAUCGUUACAACGACAAGGCUCUGUUCCUGCCCACGUCGGUCUGCCCGACUUACUGCAUGUUCUGCACGCGCUCCUAUGCCGUGGGAGCCGACACGGACUCGGUGAAGAAGGCGUCCAUGAAGCCCACCAAGACUCGCUGGGAAGAGGCUCUUGCUUAUGUUGAGCGUACCCCUCAGCUUCAAGACAUUGUCGUCUCCGGCGGCGAUGCCUACUAUCUGCAGCCCGAGCAGCUGGCCUACAUCGGCCAGCGCCUGAUUGCCAUGCCCAACAUCAAGCGCUUCCGCUUCGCGUCCAAGGGCUUGGCCGUCGCCCCAGCGCGCAUCCUGGACGACCAAGACUCUUGGUUCCAGGCUCUCAAGUUUGUGGCCGACGAGGCCCGCAAGGCCGGCAAGGCCAUGGCGCUGCACACCCACUUCAACCACCCACACGAGAUCUCCUGGGUGUCCGAGCUGGCGGCCCGCCGCCUCUUUGAAUCCGGCAUCAUGGUCCGCAACCAGACCGUUCUUAUGCGCGGCGUCAACGACGACACGGCCACCAUGUCGGCGCUGAUCCGCAACCUCGCCGACAACAACAUUUUCCCCUACUAUGUCUACCAGUGUGACAUGGUCGAGAAGGUUGAGCACCUCCGCACGCCGCUCCAGACCAUCCUGGAUCUCGAGGCUCAGAUCCGCGGUUCCAUUGCGGGCUUCAUGAUGCCCCAGUUUGUCGUUGACCUGCCCGGCGGCGGUGGCAAGCGUCUGGCGUGCUCGCACCUCUCGUACGACCGCACCACCGGCGUGUCGCGCUUCAUGGCCCCUGCCGUGACGGGCCGGGACAAGGAAAACAAAGUCUACGAGUACUACGACCCCGUGGACGCGGUUGUUGCGCCCAACGCUGGUGAUCAGUGA